AGUAGCAAUCAUAGCGGCGCGCGCCACGCUCGUACGCAAACGCGCACACGCAAACCGCAGUGAAAGUCGCACGCGCGGUCCCGCUACGAAUUCGUGUGUUCGGCAUCUUCGUCUAGUUGUUUUUGUUUGUUUUGUUGCGCCAGUGCAACGGGGAAAGGAGGUCGAUGCGUGGCCAUAGCCCGGGUGCGAAGUCAGUAUAAUAAAAUCAAAGUAAUACCCAUUCACGUUUAAAUUUUCGAACAAUGGUUGACAUUAAUAGGCAAUUUCCGUAAGUGAAGUGUGUGUUAGUGCUAGUUAAGUUAAACGAUGAGUGGUGGAGAGCCGACGCUGACGGAGUCGCCGGUGCCGCUGGCGCUCGCGAGGCUGGCGACGCGACCGGGGCGCGCGCCGCGCGGUCUGCGCACGCACCGCCCCAGCCUCACGCUCGCCAGCCUGCAGGAGGCCGCCGACGAAACCCCGCGCCGCUACAGCGACGAAUCCUUCGCACCGGAUACCGAUGACGACGAACCAUUCUACGAUGCCAUUGUCCAAAACAAAACGUCUAAGACGGCAUCCGACGGGCGCAGAGCUUCCGAAGCUGCGUUUGCCGAACGAUACAGAAAACUGAACGACUUUGACGGCCCACCGCCCGAGGUGCCCCGCCGAGCGUCCCUGGCCGUGCCCGUCGGUGACGGCUUCGGACCCAGUGACAAAGGCAGGAGACGCUCUUGGGCGGCAAAGCUGCAGCUUGAGCGCAAGAAGAGAAGAAAAUCAGGCGACAACGAUACCGACGACGAGAACGAUGCUCCGGUUUAUAUAAGACAGAAGAGGCCGUCCUGGUGGAACGUUUUCGUACCUGAUAAUAUGCUCAAAAAUAGGUCUAGACGCGCUUCGCAGCAGCUGUCGAGGAGUGCCGAGAGCAUCGAUCACUCUUAUAAGAGGUCGAAGAGUCGGUCCGUGGACCAUGGUUUGGCUGCCCCGGUUGACUUGGAAACGCUUCGCUCCAAAGUCGAGAGCCGGUUCGACGCCGUUCAUAAAGAUGAAGACGAGCAAACAAAGAGGCUGCCCCCUCAGCCUCCCAUAAAGACAAUGACCUAUACGGUUCGUGACCGUGACACGCUAACGUCGGUGGCGGCACACUUCGACACCACGCCUUCGGAGCUAACCAAACUGAACCGGCUCGCGACCCAGUUCGUCUUCCCCGGGCAGACGCUGCUUGUGCCCGACAAGAGGAAAGAUGGCGAUAAGGAUUCAGAUGGUCCUUCGGAAAGUGGUGAUAACACCUCUGAGUCUACACAAGGCGCACCCAGCGAACCCGCACAGGAAAAAGAGAUCCUAGACAGCCUGCGACCGGUCUCGCCUGAGGCACCCGCAAGCAGCAAUGCCCCGCAACGCUUCCUCAAGAUAAAUGUGCGUCACAUUACCGACGGACAGGGUGUGGUAUCGGGCGUGCUACUGGUCACACCGAACGCGGUUAUGUUCGACCCGAACGUAUCGGACGUACUAGUGAUGGAGCACGGGCCGGAGUCGUACGGUGUGAUCGCGCCCAUGGAGUACGUUGUCAACGCAGCCAUAUUCUACGAUAUCGCGCACAUGCGCACCCACGGACCCGACCAUAACGCGCAAAAGGCAGAACAGGCCGAAAUUUACUACAUGAAUAAAUCGGAACAUUCACCGGGCAAGGACUCACUUCUAGUCAAAGACGAGACGUUUCCUGAACUACAGGCAGCGGGCGGCGAAGGCGAAGAGAGCGCCGCUGGUGAGGAGCGACCCGGCUCCGGCGACGUUGAGGAUCGCGGCGGCGCCGCCUUCCCAAAGGCUUUCGACAGGGAUCUCGUCACGCCUACCUCUCUACAGCAACAAACAACAGAAGAGAGGCGGAAGUCGCUGUUGGAUCACCACUGGGCUAUACCAAGCAAAGACAGAAUGUCAAUUGAUCAAGGAAGCGAAGUGUCCUCGAACGCAGACCAAGGCAAAGACGAGAGUCUGGACGUAUGCGUAGGGCCGGGCGAGCGCGCCGAGAGUGCGGCGGGAGACGUUGGCGAGGGGGAAAGGGAGGGCGAACUCGUCGAUCGCGGGGAGGGAGAGGGAGGGGAGGAUGAGGCUCCGAGGGACGCCGCACGCCACCUCGUCAAACUCUCGUACCACGAUUCCGGAAUUGACAUCCGUGAACCGCUUCUGCAUGUCACCCCCGUAAACUCUAAGAAGGUAUAUAGCGACGCGGACAUAGUGCUUUCAGCGGAUUGGGUUCCUCCAGUGUGUUUACCUCGUACCGAACCCCCGCUAUCAGCCCCGCCCCUGGGAGAAAACGAUAGGACACCACGUAAAUCUGCAGCAGUCUCUUUCUCGCUUGAUGGCAGUAACCAAAAAGAAGAUAUUGGAAAACCGGAUAAGAAAAACAAGAUGUUGAAGAGGCUUUCCUACCCACUCUCAUGGGUAGAAGGGCUAACAGGAGAAGGGCCCGCGGGAGGAACGCAAGGCUCCCAGAGUGAUUCGCUUCCGACCUCAGCCGAUAGCCACAACACUAGCGUUUUCUCUAAAGUAUUUAACAGACGCAGUUCCUUGGGAGGCUUCGGCCGUUCUCAUACUAAAUCGACUUCGUCAAGUGGCUCAACACAUCCGAGGCUUGAUUACCGUAGCAUGGUAUCCGUUGACGACAUGCCCGAUCUCUUCGCUUCUUUUGAUAAGUUGAUCCCGCGGCCGGCGCGGCCGAGCGACGACCCGCCGCUGUACCUGCGGCUGCGCAUGGGCAAGCCGGCGGGCCGCCCGCUGCCGCGCUCCACGCAGCUCAUGUCGUACGGCCGCAAGCGCAUGAAGCCCGAGUACUGGUUCGGCGUGCCCAGGAACAGGGUGGAUGAUCUAUACAAGUUCCUAACUCACUGGGUGCCAAACCGUUACGGACCGCUAGGAGAUGUGGCGGCGCAGGGAUACGAACUUAUCGAUAGCGACACCGAAUGGGACGAUGAAGACACGAAACCUGGUAUUAAGGGCGAACGCACCGACAGCACGGGCGAUGUAUCAGAUAUUACGAGGGAAUCGUGGGAGGUGUUGUCGAUGAGCGAUGAGCUGCGGCGCGCAUUGUACUCGUCGGGCGCAUCCGUCGACAUGGAGUUUUCGCCACCAGACCUCAUCGGCACUUCGGAGAUAUUCACUAUGGAACACAGAGAGAAGUUGUGCACCGUGCUACCGGCGCGCGCCCAGGGCUACAUGUGGUCGUUGACGUUCAGCACCAGCCAGCACGGAUUCUCGCUCGCUUCCAUGUACCGCAAGAUGCAGCACGUCGACAGCCCCGUACUCCUCGUCAUACAGGACACCGAUAAGAACGUAUUCGGAGCCUUAACAUCAUGCGCUCUUCGGCCUUCCGAGCACUUCUAUGGCACGGGCGAGUCGUUACUGUUUUCAUUCCAACGCGUGAGGGAAGACGCCAGGCGGCAUUCACAACCCGCAACUGACGACAGUAAAGACAAGGACGAUACGAAGGAAGAAGAGAAAAAGGACGAAAAGGAUGAAAAGGAUGCAGACCAAGCAGCGCCCGUGAAAACAAAAUUCAAGUACUGGGGCUGGACCGGUGACAACAUGUACUUCAUACGAGGCAGCAACGACAAUAUAUCCAUUGGCGCCGGCGACGGCAAAUUCGGUCUUUGGUUGGACGGCGACUUGUAUCAGGGCCGCACGCAGCGUUGCACCACGUACGGCAACGAACCAUUGACGACUAGCGAAGAUUUCAUCGUCAAGAUCAUGGAGUGCUGGACCUUCAUCUGAGCGCAAUAUUGCGAUCCGAGCGCUCCAAACGUUCAAUUCACAUCAAUAUAAGCUUUAGACUAUCUUAUGAACAUUUGCUAGGAAGAUUUGACACUUUUACAAGUCAGUCUUUUCAAACUUUAGUACCGAUGAGUCUGAAAACGAUUUUGUAUUCGCAUCGACUCUUUGGCGAUGCGUUAACGUUGUCGAGACGUGCACGCGCUUUUCUAGUCAAACGUACUGAAACUUGACCAAUGUUUUCAUUCUCUCCGAAUUUAGGCGCGUUCGGACCGAGUACCGCUCGGCGUUGCGAACUGGAGCAAGUGCAUUAAACCUAGUCAAUUGUCGUUCGUAUGUAAGUGGGGUUGGUCGGGACGGUAGGAGGGGUCGGGGGGAGUGGGUAGACCGCAGUUUGCUUGCGGUGUCCACGCGAACACAAACCGCACUGCCUUCACUGUUGCAGCCGGUUUGCGAUACGUACGCGAACGUACACCGGAGACGCGCCCGCACGCGAACGGGCGACGUUCCCAUAUAAUCACGUGUCAAUUCAUAUAAUUAUACUGUGCGUUGUUAAGAAUACUAAGAACAUAUUUGUAACGAUUAAUAUCACUGUAUUAUGUUAAAGUAGGGGUUUAUUAUGAGAUUGAUCGUUGUGUUUAGAAAGCAAUGAUCACAUUGGCCACCCGUGAUUCUCUUGCUGGCGACACAAACGCGUUCUGGUAACGUAAUUUCAAAAUCGACGCGUGGCCGUAACCAUGAAUUGGAAAUAAUAUACUAUAUACAAAAUGCAUUUUAGCCGAAGACAUCAACAGAAAAAAAUAUAUAAUUAAAUAUAUUUAGUCGUUUGUAAUGAUGUGUAAUGUUUUGUUUGUCGUCAUGUCUAUGUGUUGAGUCAUAAUGUUUAAGUAAGUGAGCAUAUUUAAUGUUACACUUUCACUGUGAUUUGAUUAAUAUGGUUGCAUUUCAUUAUAAUGUAUGAAGCGUUACAAUUUUAACUAUAUUAGUUGUUACCAAAUUUAUUUAUGACAAUUAUUCAAUUGUUUUCAUUCCAAAAUUAAAUUAAAUACCAAAAUAUUAAAAUGAUAUAUUUGAUUACUGAAUAAAUUCUAGGAGUAAAUAAUAUGUUUUGAUGCAACGCUUCACGAAUGGUAGCCGAUAUAUUAUUAUAACAUUAAUUAUCAUAGGAAAGAAUAAAUUAUAGUUGUCUUCUAGAGCUUGAUCAAUGUAAACGUCAUUGUGCUUAGUAAUUGUGUCACUUAGCAUGAAGUUACUCAGAUUUAUCUGGUCGUACGAAAUUAUUUAUUUAGCUAUGUAAGUACAUUGCUACCAGCACAGCAGCACCAUAGGCUAUGCGCUAUGAGGACAGCACUGGCAGCCGAGGGGAAAAAGUAUUGUUUGUAAAUGACGAUUGUGGAUGCAUUUGUUUAUAGCUUGGUGCUGGAAAACGCAAUUAUUCACGUAAAUCCCUGUUGAAAUAUACAGAAUGAUCAUCGAAUAUACAAUGAAUUUCGGCUAUGAUUUCCAUAAAGUGUAAAUUUUAAGCCACUCUACGUUUUAUAGGGGCUUAAAUAUUUUAUCCGUGAUGAAUUCAAGUAGCUUUAAGGAUGUUCAUGUCACUACUUAUUACAUUCAUGUCGCUAAGCAUAUAUGCCAUAUAUAUUGUAACAAUGAAACAUCACUAUUUUAUAUAGACCCGUGUAUUGAGUAUUCAGCGUACUGCAGGAAUUAACUUACAUUCUGUUUUAAUAGAAAGUUAGAACACUUAUCACAUUGAGUAACAAGCUUACAACAGCUUAAGCUCAAAAAUAUUUUUAACUAUAUAAUUAAAUAUCUCACUAUUUUAUAUCUAUUAAAACAUUACAAUAAUUUUCAUUAAAAAAUCUCACUGGCGGGUCUAGAUUUAUAGUGGUAAUGUGAAACAUUUCCUAAUUGAGAUUAUUGGUGAUUUAUUUAUUUGUUAUGAAAUUGUUGCUACAUAGUUUUGCAAUAUAUUGGUCAUAGUAGGAAUGAGCGAGUGAUCAUAACGCUAAUAAAGUUAUUUAUGCAUAACCAUCAUUAGUGCAAUCUAAUCGGAAAUUUUCAAUCCAUGCAAAAUACUAUAAACGUUGUUGUUUGUCACCAAGAAUGUAUUAGAGUCAAAACUAGGUUUAUAAUAAAUUUUAUCGGCAUAAUUAUUGUUAAAAAUUUAUAAUAAUUAAAUUGUUGAGUAGCAGUGAGAUAUAUAUAUAAAUACUUAUUUAUUCUGUUAUUAUUUUUAGUUAGAUUCUGUAGCUGUAUUAUUUUACUGGUGAUCUAUUAUGUAACUUCUAAGUUGUUAAAAUAUAAAUCAAGCCAUAAUAACUGAGAAUAUAUUCUUUUG